CUUCCGGGAUAGAUUGACCCGGGACGCGUGGAACCCGGUCGCGUGGAAGCUCCGCCGGGGAUUUGGAGCCCGAGGCCGGAGCGGCGCGCGGGGCGCUGGAGCCGCAGAGCUGGCGGAGCUGAAGGGGUUGAGAGGGCUGGUCCAGAAGACCUUGCAAAUCGUUUCUGCGGCAGGGAAACAGUUUAGAGGGGUCCAGAGCCACGUAUCUGGCCACAGGUUCCCAGCUAUGUCCUCGGUUGCAAGAGGCCCAAAGCCCCUAAUUGCAGUCUGCCAGAUGACCUCAACCUCUGACCGAGAACACAACUGGGCAUCUUGCUCCCAGCUCGUCCGAGAGGCGACUCGCCGGGAUGCUUGCAUUGUCUUCCUUCCAGAGGCCUUUGACUUCAUUGGCAGCAACACAGAGGAAACCCUCAGCCUGGCUGAGCCCCUGGAAGGAGAUUAUCUUCAGCGAUAUGUCAGCCUGGCCAGGGAAUGUGGAGUCUGGUUGUCCCUUGGAGGUUUCCACGAGAGAGGCAAGGAUUGGGAAAGCACGCAACGGAUCUACAACUGCCACCUCCUCUUGGAUCCCAAAGGAUCUGUUGUGGCUGCCUAUCGGAAGAUCCAUCUUUUUGACGUGGAGCUGGAGGGGAAAGUGUCUCUGAAGGAAAGUGCCUUCACCAACCCAGGCUCAGAGAUUAUGCCACCUGUCCUAACCCCAGCUGGAAAGGUGGGGCUGGCCAUCUGUUACGAUCUCCGCUUCCCAGAAAUGUCCCUUGCUCUGGCCCAGGCCGGGGCGGAGAUUCUCACCUACCCGUCAGCCUUCACUGUGACAACUGGCGCUGCCCACUGGGAGGUACUGCUGCGAGCUCGUGCCGUUGAGACCCAGUGCUACGUCGUGGCUGCGGCCCAGACGGGCAAGCACCACGAACGCCGCACCUCCUUUGGCCACAGCAUGGUGGUGGAUCCCUGGGGCAGCAUCGUUGCCCAGUGCCAGGAGGGGCCCGGCCUGUGCUUUGCAGAAAUUGACCUGGCCUACCUGCACCGCCUCCGACAGGAGAUGCCCGUUUUCUCCCACCGCCAGCCCCGCUUGUUUGGCCAGGCAGCUGCUCAAUGGGGCCUCUCCUCCCCUUGAUUCGCUUGGCUGCGCCACGAGGGAUGCUCGGCUGCUGUUGGACUCUCCCUUCAGGAUCUCUAACCCCACAGUAGCCUCUGUCCAGAUGGGCACUCGCACUGGCACGAGUGGGAAUGAUAGAAAUAGAAUACAGACGCCUUCUGUGCUGGGGAGGAAAGCAUUUCCACACAGCCCCCCCUCUGUGGAGCACAAGAUGUUGGUUUCAGACUGCAUUCAGCCAUAUUGGAAUGGGGUCCAGUAAGUCACUUUUCCUCUAGAAGAGUUUCAUCCCUGAAAUAAACUAUUUCAGCCACACAC